AGGGUUUCUCCACUCCGAAUGAUCGUGUCUCUAGCCAAAAAUAUUUAUUGACCUGGCUGGUCUCUUGGCUUCCUCUCUUUGUCCAACGUAGAAGAGAGACAAUGGAAUCCCUCUACCAGGCUGGGUCCAUUCUCAUGACGGUGAAUACUUUACAGGGGAAGAAAAUGGUAGAGAGUGGCCUCCAGUCUGGAGACUUUUCCCUGUCCCAGUCAUGGCCCUCCUGCCUCCCGCCACCUGCCGACUUGGAGAUCCUGCAGCAGAAGGUGGCUGGGGUGCAACGGGAGCUGGAAGACUUUAAGAAAGAGACAUUGAAGUCCAUCCAUUACCUUGAGGACUCCUUCUGCGAGAUGAAUGGUGCCCUGGUGCAGCAGGAGGAGCAGGCGGCUCGUGUGAGGCAGCGGCUAAGGGAGGAGGAGGACCGUGGCAUCGUGCGCAACAAGGUUCUCACUUUCCUGCUGCCGCGGGAGAAACAGCUCCGGGAGCAUUGCAAGCGGCUGGAGGACCUGCUGCUGGACAGGGGCCGCGACGCCCUGCGUACCACUAAGAAGAGCCAGGCUGACUGAGCCUUGUGGGUAGCACUAGCCAAGCACCAAGUAGAUGAUUUUUUUUUUUUAAAUGGAAGGACAAACCCCAAGUCCCUACCCGCUUGCUUUCCUUUUCUCAUUUCCAUUGCUUCCCUUCUACCUAAAUAACACCUUGCUGAGAGGCAAAAAGACUUCAA